ACCUCCUCUUCUCCUGCAGGUGGCGCUCUUUCUAUCUCUGUUGAAAAAAUGACGCUACAGCGGCUGCCGUCAUUUCCGGUCACAAGUAAACAAGAUGGCGUCAGGCAGCGGGUCGAGUAAAAACGACUUCAGGCGGAAAUGGGACAAAGACGAGUACGAGAACCUCGCCCAGAAACGUCUGGUGGAGGAGAGGGAGCGCGAGCGGCGAGAUGGAAAAACUGCGCCGCCGGUCAAGCGCGACCUCCUGCGUCACCGGGACUACAAGGUGGACCUGGAGUCCAAGCUGGGGAAGACCAUCGUCAUCACCAAGACCACACCGCAGGCCGAGAUGGGCGGGUAUUACUGUAACGUGUGCGACUGUGUGGUCAAAGACUCCAUCAACUUCCUGGAUCACAUCAACGGCAAAAAACAUCAGAGGAACCUGGGCAUGUCGAUGCGGGUGGAGCGCUCGUCUCUUGAUCAGGUGAAGAAGAGAUUCGAGGUGAACAAGAAGAAGUUGGAGGAGAAGCAGAAGGAGUACGACUUCGAGGAGCGCAUGAAGGAGCUGCGGGAGGAGGAGGAGAAGGCGAAGGCGUACAAGAAGGAGAAGCAGAAGGAGCGGAAGCGACGGGCGGAGGAGGACGUGGACUUCGAGGAGGACGAAGAGAUGGCGGCAGUGAUGGGCUUCUCUGGCUUUGGCUCGUCCAAGAAGAGCCACUGAAGCUCCGCCUCUCUCAGGCAGGAAGCAGGUUUCUACCCCGCCCUCUCUACAUCAGGCGGAGGUUCGGACUUAGGCGGAGUAGCAUCGGCGCUCGUCUUGGACUCUUACUUUGUUAUUCACAGCCAGACUUUUAUUAUGUUAGUCUAUUCAGAUGUAAUCAGCUGCUUCCUGCCGCUUACUGGAUGCUGCAAGCAGUAAAUACAACAGGUCAGAGGUCGGACAGGAAGUAGCUGUCAGCUCCUCGGGUUUGUGUUUGGGCUUCUUCACAUAAAGUUUUGAUUCAAACACACAAAACGUAAAACUUUAUUUAAAGCACAGCUCAGACAGUCUGUAUCAGCCCCUAGGCAUGCUGGGAAAUUCAAAUUGUAAUAAACAGUUUUUGUUUUUUUAAA